AUGGAGAUGAGAGACAAAUUCACGGAAAUGCGAGAGAUGGAUCUGCAAGUUUCCAACACCACUGAUAGUUUGGAUGAGAAAGUUAAUCAGUUUUUCAAGAGGUGCAGUUCAAACAUCAUGAAACAGGAGUGGAAGGAUGAGCAGAUGGCAAAGAUAAAACAAGAGUAUGCAAAAGUCUUAGAAGAUGCAGACGAGAAAGUUCAACUUGCCAAUCAAAUCUACGAACUGGUCGAACGUCAUUUGAGAAAGCUUGAUCAGGAGUUGUCGAAAUUCAAAAUGGAGCUGGAGGCCGAUAAUGCUGGUAUCACAGAGAUAUUGGAACGGAGAACGAUCGAGUCAGAACGUUCGACGCCCCAAUUCAUCGGCUACCAUAAACCUGAAAUCGGCAGUGGAAGCAAUGCAGCCAUCGCUGUGGCAGCUUCUCGAGCUAUCGGAGCCACAGUUGAGAUGCAGCAAGGCAGACGGACGGCUAGCUUAAAAGCCAGCUACGAAGCUGUCAGGAAAAUCCCGAAGCUGCUGACACCCACGCAGAAUAAUAAUAACAAUAAUAAUAAUAUAAACAAUAAUAAUAAUAAUAAUAAUAUAAAUAAUAAUAAUAACGGUGGCGGCGGUGGUAGUAGUAGUGGCGCCAUGCUGCACAUUGCUGAUGGAAAUGUGUUAGUUGGGAGUAGUAAGUCGACGGCUAAGAAUAAGAAGCACGGCGGCCACAGCAGCAGCAACAACAACAGCAGCAGCGGUGGUAGUAGUGGCACUGGUAAUUUGACACACCGUUCAGCUUUAUAUCAACAACAGCUACAACAACAACAACAGCAACAUAAUGUGAUUUCUUCCAUCGAUACGGCUAAUGGUGGUGGUGGUGGGGAUGUUGUCAGCGAGGAAACGAGCACUGGCUGGCAUGCAGAUCCAAACGAGCCUAGAUACUGUCUCUGCAACGAUGUCUCGUACGGAGACAUGGUCGGAUGCGACAACGAAGACUGCCCUUUAGAAUGGUUCCAUUACGGAUGCGUCGGGCUCCAGCAAGCCCCCAGGGGCAAGUGGUAUUGUCCCCAAUGCCUAUUGGCUAUGAAAAGAAGGGGGCGAAAGUAGUACUAUAUAUAUAUAUAUAUAUAUAUAUAUAUAUAUAUAUAUAUAUAUAAUAUGAAUAUAUAAACAUUCUUCAUUGAAGUUUACUUUUGAUUAUAUUUUUUAAAUGGUUUAAUUUUGGGGAAGAACGAGGAAUCGAAGAAAUGACGUUUUUGUUAUUUUAUUUAGUAGUGAUGACAAGAUGAAAUUAA